AUGAUGCUGCCUCAGAUGCAGCAGCCGGGCGCCAACCAGCUGCCCACCCCGCCUGCCACCCUCAAAGUCAGCUGCAUUCCCUCCUUUGUUACCUCCGAAGAUUUCGGCCGCUUGAUGAGGCAGCUGGAGGGCUGCGUGGACGCCCGAGUGCUGGGCAGGCAGCCGGGCGGCGAACAGGUCGGGUAUGCAGAGUUUUCAGACAAGCUGAAUGCCAGCAAGGCCAAGAACCUCUACCACGGCUGGACUGGGUGGGGCGGGCGCGGCCUGGCAAUCGAGCUCACCGAUUUCUCCCUGUCCCAGCUCACCCAGCUUCCAGUGGGCGGCCAGAAGCGCAUGCGCGAGGGGGAGGACCUGCUCCAGCCCAACGGCAACUACAAGCAGCCCCGCGCUGAUAUGCCCGCCAUGGGCAUGGCGGGAGGGUUAGGCGGCGGCCAGCCGCAGGAGCAACAGGAUGCAGCUGCGCUGGGCCUGCUGCAGAAUCUCAGCACAAUGACCCGCCUGCUGCAGCAGCAGGGCCUCGCCCAGCAUCUUCUGGCAGCCACACAGCAACAGCAGCAUCAGGCAGGCUUGCUGCAGCCGCAACAGGGCCUGCAGCACCAGCACCAGCAGGCACCUGGCAUGCUCCAGCAGCAGGGCGCCCAUCAGCAGCACUUGGGUGGAGGGCUGCCGUUGGGCGGCAUAAUGCAGGGCCAGGGGCCGGCGGGGGCUGCAGCAGGAGGCGGAAGAUACGAUGGCUACAACAGCUCUGGAAGUGCCAUGCCGGCCACCACCACCCUGCAGCCGUCCCAGCAGCAACAGCAGGUGUCCCAACAGCAGCAGCUGGGUGGUGCCAUGGGGGGCAUGCUGCCACCGCAGCAGCAACAGCCUGCAGGGCAGUACUUGCCUCAGGCACAGCAGGAGCAGCAGCCCCAGCAGCAGCCAGUUUACGGCUUGCAGCAGGAGCAUCCCCUUUCUACCAACUAUUUCAAUCAGCCCCUGCAGCAGCCCCAGCAACAGCCACAACUGCUGCCCCCGUCCCUGCAGCAGCAGGGUUACAGCAUAGCACCGCCGCAGCAGCAACCUCAGGCAAUGCUGCAGACUGGCAUGGGGCAGAUGUCUGGCAUGCUGCCCCACCAGCAGCCCAUGAUGCAGCAGCAGCAGCCACAGCAGACGAUGCAGCAGCAAGCACCAGCACAAUUGAUGCAGCCGACGCAACCGCAGGUCAUGGGGAUGCCUGGCGGGCAGAGAGGCGAGAUUUUAGCACCAACAGCAAUGCGGCAGUACCCGCCCGAUGCCUGCAACACGCUGUACAUUGAGGGCCUGCCAUCGGAUGUCACGCGACGUGAGCUCGGCCACAUUUUCCGCUCGCGCGAAGGCUUCCGGAGCCUGCGGUUAGUGAUCAAGGACAGCAAGAAGCAUGUGGGGGAGAAGCUGGUGAUGGCAUUUGUGGAGUACAGCAGCACCUACUUUGCAGCGCAGGCCAUGGACACGCUGCAGGGGUAUCCCUUUGACCUAGACAACCCCGAGACCAUGACCUUCUUUGUCAAGUUUGCGCGGCCGAUGGAGAACCCGCACAGGCCGGUUUGGAGCUGGCGGCUCGGCCCCUCGUGA